AUGGCACCCGAUCCCGUCUUACCUAUUGACGAGUUCAACGUCGCCACCUUUACUUACAAGGAGAUUGAGGGGCAACCGAUUCUUCUUGAUCUAUUUGUUCCCAAGACUCUACCUCCAGGUGAACGUCCAGUCCUUAUUCGAUUUCAUGGCGGCUUUCUCGUUUAUGGCAGCCGUGACAACCUUCAACUUACGCCCCCCAGAAUCCUUGAAUAUGCUCUAGAGAACAACGCAAUUCUGGUGUCUUGUGACUACAGAUUGAUCCCGGAGAGUAACGGGAUUGAGAUACUUGAAGAUAUCGAAAGUGUCUGGUCUUGGGUUCAGAGCAGCUUGAAUGAGGCCAUUGGAAAGAUGACGACUGGGAAGAGCCGCGCAGACCUGGGGAGGGUUCUGCUGGCUGGGGAGAGCGGCUAUCUGGCAAUUCAGCUAGCCUUGCGACAUCCGACUGCGUUUCGAGCUGUUAUCGCCAGUUACCCAAUGAUCGAUAUGCGAAGCGACCAUUUCUCUAAAGCCUACCCGAAGCGAAUGGGCCAAUAUCCACAAAUCAAUUACGAAAUCGUGUCUCAGCAUCUCAAGCAGCUUCCCGAUGGGCCUCAGCCAUCAGCCAGAGCAAUCUCUAAUCUCCCAAUCGCAAUGGUGCAGCACGGUACAUACACCAGCUUCUUCGGUGACCAACGGAGCCUGUUUCCGAUAGAAUAUCUGGAGGAUAACCCGCAGUUGGCGCUGGAACUUCCUUUCAUUUGGUUACAUCAUGGAAACAAUGAUAGUGAAGUCCCCAUCGAGGGAAGUAGGAAGUUUGCUGCGAAGCUAAGAGAGCUCAAUCCCAAGGCCAAGUUGAGAUACACGGAGCUUGAAGGGGCAGAGCAUGGUUUUUGGAGCGAGAUAAAGCUGAUUCAAUCGGGCGAGUGGGAAGAAGGAGUAAAGGUCCUGAAUUCCUAUCUUUACAGUUAA